AUGGCAAUCAAAGGCUCUUCCUUUGUCAAGUGGCCGCCCAAGCUGCGAGGAGAUCCAGCGACUAGGAACCUAAAAUUCUAUUGUCAUUUUCAUCAUAACACUGGGCAUAGCAUUGAGAACUACCGGAAUAUCCAUGACGAGAUUGAAGAGCUUAUCCACUGCGGGUACCUAAAGAAGUACAUCUUGCGUGAAGGCAGAGAAUCAAUGGACUGUCAAGCCGACCAAAGAAGAGAAGCUCUAGAGUCAAGCAGGCGAAAUGAACAGCCACCCCGACAACAACAACUGCCUAAGGACAGACCAAUCCGCGGGGUGAUCAACAUGAUCACCGGUGGGUCCAUUGUUGCGAGGUGUAACACUUCGGCAGGGAAGACCUCAGUUCAAGAACUCGAACAUGAAGCAGAAAAUCCACCGAAACGACCUCGGAUCGAAGAACCCAUUUAUUUCAUGGAGGAUGAUGCUCGUGGGAUACAGUAUCCACAUGAUGAUGCCCUCAUUGUCAAGCUGCUAGUGAUUAAUUACUUCGAGGUAAAGCGGAUAUUGGUGGACUUAAGUAGUUCAAUAGAUAUCAUUUUUCUAGAAGCCUUUGAGAAGCUACAAUUGCAACAAAGUGAUAUGCAGCCUACAACCUCACCUUUGGUAGGGUUCAACAGUGAAGUAGUCAGGCCCCUUGGACGCAUCAUAGUGCCCGUUGCAGCAAGAACGUGGCCCAACUUAGUGUUCUUCGAGCAUACCAUCCUCAUGGUCGCGAAUCCAUCCCCCUACAACAUGAUUUUAGGUCGGCCCAUUCUGUACACCCUUCGUGCAGUUGUGUCUACCUAG